AUGGCAGAAUCACUAGCAGCAGAUAUCAAAGAGAAUAUCUUAACAUGCAGUAUUUGUCUGGGAGAGUACAAGGACCCCCGUGUGCUGCCUUGCUACCAUACAUUUUGCUAUGGUUGUAUAUCUGACCAUGCUACACGCACUCUGACUCCGAAUAGGACAUUUCUGUGUCCCAUAUGUAGAGAAGAGGUCCAGUUUCCAGUUGGUGGACUUGACCAACUGAAAAAGAAUUUCAUCUUUAGUAAGACCAAGGAUAUCAUAACCAAGCAACAAGAGAAGCAGGCAUUAGAAGAGGACCAGUCCAAUGUAGCAGCAGUGACACAGACCAUUGCACAGAUGACCAUCCGUUGUGAGAAACAUUCAAAUAAUGAGUUAAAAUAUUACUGUGAAGAUGAUGAUACUGUUGUAUGUGGUGACUGUGCAUUAACAGAUCAUUACAGACAUGGUAUUGUGCCAGUUGAUAAAGUUGCAAAAAGCAACAGAGAUAAAAUAAAUGCUUCUCUUCUGAGAAUUUUGAAAACAACAAACAGGUUAAAAGAGGCAGUUGCCAAGGAACCAGCCAAUGAAAAAGAGGACUCUCACAUCAGGAUAGCCACUAUCAAAAACAUAAAAAAACAAGCUCAGAGUAUGCGCAGUUUCAUUGAUCAGAAGGAAGAGACACUGAUAUCAGAGGUGCAUUCUCAUUAUGACAACAUGAAAAAGCAAAAGGAGGAUAUCAUAACCAAGCAACAAGAGAAGCAGGCAUUAGAAGAGGACCAGUCCAAUGUAGCAGCAGUGACACAGACCAUUGCACAGAUGACCAUCCGUUGUGAGAAACAUUCAAAUAAUGAGUUAAAAUAUUACUGUGAAGAUGAUGAUACUGUUGUAUGUGGUGACUGUGCAUUAACAGAUCAUUACAGACAUGGUAUUGUGCCAGUUGAUAAAGUUGCAAAAAGCAACAGAGAUAAAAUAAAUGCUUCUCUUCUGAGAAUUUUGAAAACAACAAACAGGUUAAAAGAGGCAGUUGCCAAGGAACCAGCCAAUGAAAAAGAGGACUCUCACAUCAGGAUAGCCACUAUCAAAAACAUAAAAAAACAAGCUCAGAGUAUGCGCAGUUUCAUUGAUCAGAAGGAAGAGACACUGAUAUCAGAGGUGAAUUCUCAUUAUGACAACAUGAAAAAGCAAAAGGAGGCAAACAAGGGCAUCCUUGAAUUCCACCAUGCCGCCUUGCACAGUGCCUGUGAUUUUGCCCAGGAACUUAUCACUAAUGGCACUGACUAUGAUGUCAUGGUUCACGCAAAACCUCUGAUAGACAGACUGGCGGUGAUGGAGAAAACACCUGUCCUAACACAAGACACAUCAGCACAGAUAUCAUACAAACCUGGUGAGAUAUCUACUGACGGACUUGAGGCCAUGUUAGGACAGUUGACAAUACAGUCACAAACAAUAAAUCCAAGAUCAGCACCACAUCCUCCUAUUUUCUUGGAUAAGGCCGAGUGUGUGCAUACAUUUAAUGCUAAGCUGACAAAUGACAGAAAAAUUCACACAUCUGGGUUGGCCAUAGAUGAGGACCAAGUGUUUGUUGUGGAAACUAACAGAACAAAAAUUUUCAUGCAUACUGGAGAGUUUCAGUAUGACAUUGAAGUAAACAGACCAUGGGAUGUGGCUGUGUCACAAACUGGUCACCUGUAUAUAACAUCAAGGGGUGACAGAUGUGUCAAAGUGUACUCCACGAGAGGUCAACAGGUGACAACAAUGGGUCAGCAUCUACUGGAGGAUCCACGGGGUAUUACAUUGAACAGAGAAGGUCAUGUGAUGCUGUACCAGUAUGGCGGCACACAAGGCAGUGGUCAUGGUCAUCUGCAUGAACCACAUGGAGUGUGCACUGACAGCUAUGGCCACAUCUUCAUUGCUGACUGGGGUAACAGCAGGAAAGUGGCGCUGAGUCCACAGGGGCAGUUUAUUAGAUACAUUGCCACUAAGGAUGAUGGGUUGCUGUUUCCCGCGGCAUUAGCUAUCAACCCUGCUGGCCAGCUGGUGGUGGCAGAGAGACAUGGCAAAGUUAAGACAUUCCAGUACUUACAGUAA